UCCUUCUUUCAGAUCUUUAUUCACAGUAUUCUUCAGCAAAGCAAAAUAAAAAAAGAGAAAUGGGAUCGGUCGGAGAUAUCUAUGAAGCUCAGAAUGCGGAGGGUCCAGCCACAGUGCUGGCCAUUGCCACCGCAAAUCCAUCCAAUAUUAAGUUGCAAACUGAGUUCCCUGACUUCUACUUUAGAAGUACACAGAGUGAGCAUAUGGUCAAGUUGAAGGAGAAGUUCCAACGAAUUUGUGAAAGAUCGACGAUUAGAAAACGUCACAUUUUCCUUACGGAUGAAAUGAUAGCUGAGAAUCCCCAAAUCUACGAUUCAGCGGCUGCGUCACUUGACACACGCCAAGAUAUUAUGGUGACUGAGGUACCUAAGUUGGCCAUGGAAGCCGCAUCCAAAGCCAUCAAUGAGUGGGGACAGCCCAAAUCAAAGAUCACUCACAUUGUAUUCACUACCAUUUCCGGUGUUGACGCACCGGGGGUUGACUUUCAGCUCAUUAGACUCCUUGGCCUUAACCCGACUGUACGACGUGUGAUGAUGUAUCAUUUGGGCUGCUAUGGUGGUGGCUCUGUGCUUCGUGUUGCCAAAGACCUUGCUGAGAAUAACAAAGGUGCUCGUGUACUAGUUGUUUGCUCAGAGCUGAACUCUAUUAGUGGCUUCAAGGGACCUGAUGAGACAGACUUGCAUACCUUGCUAGGGUUGGGAAUAUUUGCAGAUGGUGCAGCAGCUGUGAUAGUUGGUGCAGACCCUGACACCUCAAUAGAACACCCAUUGUUCCAACUCUUCUCAGCAGGGACCCGGAUUCUCCCAGACUCAGAAGAAAUGGUUGCAGGCCACUUGCGUCAAGCGGGUCUUGCAAUCAGCUUAUCCAAGGAUGUGGCCAAAACUAUUGCUGGGAAUCUUGGGAACUGCUUGGAGGAAGCAUUUAGCAAAUUUGGUAUUAAUGAUUGGAACUCCAUUUUUUGGGUAAGUCACCCUGGCGGGCCUGCAAUUUUGGACUUAAUCGAAACCACACUUGGCUUGAAAGAAGAUAAACUAAAGGCAUCAAGAAAAGUGCUGAGUGAAUAUGGUAACAUGUCAAGCCCCACAGUUUUGUUCAUUCUGGAUGAGAUGCGGAGGAAGUCUAUGGAGGAAGGGAAAGCCACAACUGGCGACGGGUUUCAGUGGGGUGUGCUAUUAGGGUUUGGACCAGGUCUGACGGUGGAGACAAUUGUGUUGCGUAGUGUUCCUACAGUUUCAGCUCACUGAGUAAAAGAUAGUGUGGCCUACAAAAGCGAUGACCUAUUAGCGAUCUCGUCCGCAAGUAAAGAAGAUGUCUCAGUUUCUAUUUAUAGCUUACUAGUUAACUAUUUCAUUGGCUUGAUUUUCAGUAUACUCCGUACUCUAAAUAUGGGGUGUGGUUAGUUUUCUCUAAAGCUCUAUAUUAUGUACCUUUAAUGCUUUGGUAUCCUUUCAAGUUGUUUUUUGUUGGGGUCAUCUGCAAUUUGUAAUGAUAUGCUCCUCACUUUGUUCAAUAAAAUUCUAUAUUGAAUUUCUCAAGGAUAAAGAAUAAUUGGAAACAGAAGCUGUAACACAAUUAUAAUAAAGAAAAG